AGGUCAAAGUCCAUCAUGGAAGUCAGCCGGUGAACUUCCGGUUUCUCUGUGCACGCUUUUCUUCCGCGGUUUUGUCAAACGAAAUCCUUACGAAGAGACACGCCGGCGUACCUAAACUACUGACAAGAUGAGCAAAGCGCAUCCCCCAGAGUUAAAAAAGUUUAUGGACAAGAAACUUUCGUUGAAGUUGAACGGAGGCAGACAUGUGCAGGGCAUCCUGCGAGGGUUUGACCCCUUCAUGAACCUGGUGGUGGACGACUGUCUGGAAAUGGGCCCAGGAGGACAACAGAACACCAUUGGCAUGGUGGUCAUCAGAGGAAACAGCAUCAUCAUGUUGGAGGCCUUGGAGAGAGUAUGAGAGGAAAGAGGUGGAUGCUGAUGGAGAGAAUGAGCUACACCUUCAUACACUUUUGUUUUAGUUUUUUAUUGAAGAGACGGCUUAGCAGUUUUAUUUCUUUGGGCUGUGAAAUGUCUUUAUUCCACUUCUCACCGAUGUUCUGAAUUUUUUGUUUUUGUGAAUAAAUCAGUUUUUCCUUUGUA